AUGGCGCGAUAUGUGCUUGGUUUGUUGUUUUUAGUGGGCAGCGUACAGCUACUAGUUGCGUUGCCAGCUGAAAAACCCGAAGCAGAAGAUACACGCGAGCAAACGUCUUCCAAGGCUACUCAGGAGCCUACAACGCCUCUCCCUACUACCCAAGUACCGACCACCACCGAACCACCAACGCCGGAACCAACAACGGAGGAGCCGGAAGAAACUCGACCACCGCCACCGGUAUGUACGGAUCCGCGCGAGAUUUACGACGAGUGUGGACCAGCGUGCGGUGAUCGUACGUGUGACAAUCAGAGACGGUCGGACGUACAGUGCUCGAAGCAGUGCUUGGAAGGAUGCUUCUGUCGCAAUGGUUACGUGCGGGACAGAAACCGCAAGUGUAUUCCGGCGUACCGUUGCGGUAAAGGUUGGUGGUGA